AUGCAGCAAUUCAAAACCUGGAGGCGUGCGUCCAUGCGACAACAACAACAACAACAACCACCACCCCAGCCCCAUGACCCAGUACUGACGGACGAGGAUGAAGCCUUUCUACGCGGGAUCAUGAAUGAUCCUGCGAACAGCAGCCAAGAACCCGCCCCACAAGCUACCGAACUGAAUCGCCAGGCAUCGCCCGUCUCGCCGGUGGGGACGGAGGUCCAAGAGCCUCCCGCGGCGCAGUCCCCGGUGUCCCCGGUGGAGGAAUACGGCAGGGAGCUGGGGGAGGAGGAACGCAAGGCACGGGAGGCUACUGCUUCUACUACCGAACGAAAUGGGAGUGCGGCUGCAGCAGCCAAGGUUGAGAGUUCCUCGCCGCCGCAAAGGAAGGGUCCGUGGAAUUGGCUGCGGCGACGGAGUACGGUCAUGAAAAAGGAAGCCGCAACUACGAAUGAAGCGCCUACCAAAGCAGACAACAAGCCGAGCGAGGCCCAGCAGGCCGCAGAGACGGACAAAACUGAAGUCGACCAGGAGAAGGAAGAUAUGACAGAGAUUUUGGAGCGGUUGAACCUGGCAGCAGAGAACAAUCGCGUGUUCUCGAUGAGCAAUGAAACGCGGGAGUUGUUGCGCAAGUUCACCCUGAUCUUCAAGGACCUCGUCAACGGCGUGCCCACCGCCUACCAUGACCUCGAGAUGCUGCUCACCAACGGGAACAAGCAGCUGCAGAGCACGUACUCCCAGCUGCCCGGGUUCAUCCAGAAGCUGAUCCAGAAACUGCCCGAGAAGUGGACGGAGACUCUGGCGCCGGAGGUGCUCGCGGCGGCCACCGCCAAAGCCAGUCAGAGCGGCCUCAACGUCGAGAAUGUGGGCAAAGCAGCCGCGGCCGCCAACAAGAUGGGCAUCAAGGUGCCGACCUUGAAAGAGCUGGUGGGGAAACCGGCCGCGCUGGUUGGGAUGCUACGCUCGAUUGUGGCAUUUCUCCGGGCGCGAUUCCCGGCCGUGCUGGGGCUCAAUGUGUUAUGGUCGUUGGCUUUGACCAUCCUAUUGUUUGUUCUUUGGUACUGCCACAAGCGCGGCCGUGAGGUUCGGUUGGAGAACGAGCGUUUAGUCACUGAAGCAGAGAUCGAGAAGUUGAAUGACGAGAACUCCACGGACCAAGACAGAAUCCGGGCCACGGAGACCUUGACCACCACCGCGCCGCAGGGAGCGUCUGCCACGGAAAUCCGACAGGGGAUCGAGGAGGCACAACAUGCACGCCAUACAGCAGCCGCAGCCACCAGCCCCGCUGCAGAAGAUCGCCAGGAGAGUCAAGAGAACGAGACCCCCGGGGAGUCGUCAAUCUCGAAACCUAAACGGAGCAAGUCCAGGCUUUCGAUUUGGACCAGGUCCGAGCCGAAACCGACCACUCCAAAGAUAGAACCAUAUCCUGGCACCUGA